UGGACGGGAGCGGAUGAACAACACGGGAUGCGAUUGGUGCAUACUGCUCAGAAGCUGUUGACUGUACAAUGGGUGUGCCUUUUACUACUUUUAUCAGAUGAAAUGGAAAAUGUGAAAUAGGGGACAUUUUGCUGCUGUGAAGGGAAAGGUAUCUACUGUUUACACACUUCAAAUGAUCCAGGAUGGAAAGAUUUUAAAAGGGGGUGUGUGCUGUGUUGUCGCCGUGUAAUGGCUCCGGGCGUCGCUGACGGUACAAAUGCCGCAUUCAAAGUUGACUCCCGGUGCAACUGACGGAUUUAGUUCCCCGAAGAAGCUUCUGCAGGAGUUGUAAGGACCGUAUGCCACCAGCGUCGUGCUAAACUAGCCUCCCUAUGUCACGGUAAAGUAUGGACGGGUGGAGCUUCGUCGUUGCCUCGGAUAAUGACCGCUCCAGCUCCGAGGGGGAGUACAUGGUGGAGCAGGGAGCCGAAGACGAAGCCCGGGAGGCGGCGGACGGAGAGCAGCGGCGGAACGCGGAGGGGAUGGACGACGUGGGUGCCGCCGCCGUCGGGUUCGGGAUAAGCGGGAUAGAGGGGAAGGUGGUGCUGGGUCGAGUCGGGCAAAGAGACGACCAAGAACUCAGGUACCUGCACUUGUUGUGGGAGCCCGGACGAGGAGAGCUCGGGGCGGCUGGCAUGGCGAGCAAGCUGGGGAAGAUGACAGGUAGCCGGGCCAGGCGACACCACCGAGCCGUGAGGAACAUGGGUCCUGUCGGUAAAGACAUUUACGCUGUGAAAAGACUGAGAGAAGCGGCGAAUAGCAAUGACAUUGACACAGUGCGUAAACUCCUUCAAGACGACAUCGACCCCUGUGCAGCAGACGACAAGGGAAGGACAGCUCUUCAUUUCUCCUCCUGCAAUGGAAACGAGAGCAUUGUGCAGUUGCUGCUGAGCCAUGGUGCCGACCCCAAUCAGAGAGACAGUCUGGGAAAUACCCCCCUCCAUCUGGCGGCCUGUACCAACCAUGUGCCUGUAAUCACCACUUUGCUGAGAGGAGGAGCCCGUGUGGACGCCCUCGACCGAGCAGGCAGGACCCCGCUGCACCUCGCACGCUCCAAGCUAAACAUUCUGCAGGAGGGAGAUUCACGCAGUUUAGAAACCCUAAGAGGGGAAGUCACACAGAUUAUUCAGAUGCUGAGGGAGUACCUGAACUUAAUGGGCCAGAGUGAAGCUAAAGAGAGGCUGGAGCACAUUUCAACUCAGCUGCAGCACACACGGACCAAAGAGCAGGUGGAUGAGGUCACUGAUUUAUUGGCCAGUUUUACAUCACUCAGUCUACAGAAACAGAAUCUGGGUGAUACGUAGAAGAUAAAGCGUGUGGAGAGCUGAAGCCCUGCUCUGUUUCAAACAAGCCUCGGCCAGACCAGACGCCUGAAACAUGGUACCGGGGUUGUCUGUCCCAAGCUCAGUGUUCUGUUGAACAUUUAGAGACUUUCUUGUUUUAACCAAGAUAAGAUCUUCAUUUAGUUAGCAUUUAACAGCUACAGUCAAUCAGAUAUUGCUGUGCGUGACACUACGUAAGACCACAGAUUGGUGACUACAGAUAGAGCGAGGCGGCUGCAUAAGUGCCAAAGUAGUAUGCAGACUUGCAGAAUUAGACUGCAGGUGCCUGCCUUUUUUGCUGCACAUUUCACAUGGCUCUCCUCUUUCACUGUCUGUGUGGUACUGUUUUAUAAAUCCCUUUUACUACACAAAACCACAACCUUCAAGUAGAAACCUGUACACUUAAAAUUGGGAUUAAGCAGUAGAGUAGGCCUGUUUGGUUCUUCCAAAGAAUUUGCCAUUUGAUGCAAAUAUUCCACCAAGAAAAAUCCUUUCAGCACUUUUUACAGAGGCACCAUCACUGCAUCUUGGGCUUUGCUCCACCCAGUACUAUCUGGCUUUGGUUAAAAAAAUCUAAACAUUCUGGAGCAUUUUUCCCCUAUAUCAAAAUGAUAAUGAGGUGCACAAUUAUUGGCACUGACAUAGUGAUGUGGAGUUGAGUCAAAAUAUGUGCCCAAGUAGUGCAUUUUCAAAUUAAUUUAUUAGAAUUCAGUUUAAAAAACGAAACCAACAUUAUAAUUGGAAACUUCCUAAUAUGGCAUCCAGUAAUCAGCCAGGCUGAUGAUUAGUCAAUCCCUAGCGCUUUUCAUAAACAGCAUAACACAAUUAUAAAAUCAUUCCUAUCUUGGUUAAAAUGAAAAGUUCCUUAAUGUUAAAAUCCAACACUGUAGUAGAUGACAAGGAAAAACUAACAUGUCAGCUUUGAAGAGAAAACACAAAAGAAAGCCCUAAGGACACAUCCAUUGACAACAGGACGCUGGUGGACAGAAGCUAACCCAGAAAAGCAGAGGCACCUUGGCUCUUUAUUGUGUGUAUGUGGUUGUUAAGUGUGUGUGGGAGAGUGUUUAAGUCAAAGUGUGUGUCAUGUUCUCUUUUUGCCUGCCGUUAUUAUACAAGUUCUACGAUGAUUAUGAGACACAAUGAUUUUCACUGUUGUGCUUUGAGUUGUUUAUCGACAGCAUCUUUGUAUCGUUGCCUUUUUUCUUGUAUUGCAUGUUUCUGUGAGAUCUGUACUGUAAAAAUGAUUUGGCAAUUGUUGGAAAUGGAUAUAUAUGAAUCAAUAAAUCAGUAUCUUUG